AUGCUUCGCAAUCGCUAUUGCCUCUAUGGAAAACGUCGAAAUUAUAUAAGACACCUCCGCAAUACAAAUAAUAUACAUGUGGACAAUGAAAAACAUACUAAUGAAGAAAUUGAUUAUGAAAAAAUAAAUGCUCGCGAGAUGCCAAAUAAUGUAGAAAAUGAUUAUGUAUCACCAAAUGAAGAAUUGUUCGGUGAAGCAUUCGAUGACGAAGUACUUGAUAAUAAUAUGUUCAAAGAUGAAGCACCUGAUGAUGAAGCAUUCGACAGUGAAGCAUUUGAUGAAACGUUAGAAGACUUCUUUUAUGACGAAAUGUUAAAUGAUGAUGAAAUGACAAUAAAUUCUGCAGAUGAUAUGCUAAGUGAAGAAUCUGAUAGAAUUAUUAACCAAGCACUAAAUAUUGAAGAAAUGCCAUCUAUUAGUGGAGAAUUUUCCCAAUAUUUCAAGAAUCCUACUGAAGCGUUGAUGUUUUGCUGGAUUCAAAAACACAAAAUCAAAAAUGCGACUAUACUUGUCGAAUUACAAAAUCUUGUCAAAAUCGCUAAUAUUAUUAUACUUUACAACAAAAGCAACAAUAAUGAUUCUUCUUUAAUUUUUAUUCGUGAAAUCCUUUAUAAAUAUCAAGGACGUUGGAAAUUAAGAGAUGUUGCAUAUUCUUAUAAGCAUCCAUCAGAAUUUGCAACAUUAGAGAUACCAGAAAUGGAACAACUAGAAAAAGGGAUAGUAAUGAAUAUCCUAGGAAAUCGAAGCCUUAUUAUUGCAAGUCUUAGUGCUAUAACCACUAAUCUUCCGCAAGGAAAUAAUUUGACUGGAGUUAAAAGGCAUGGUGCUAUAAGAGGAUGUUGUAUAUGUAAUGUGGUGAAAAAUUCCUGGACGUCUGAAG